AGCCAGAUAUGUAAAGAACUGUACAGUUUACUAUUGGGACAUUGUUUUUUAUUGCGUUAGUGUUUUUGCAUUAAAGUUUACCACAAACUACAGUAACUACAGUGGCCCUCAUUAUUACUUUGUUAAUUACAUAUUCUCCUUUUAUGCUAAUAACGACUCAAAUAAAACGCUCACGUCGCAGGUAGAAUAACAGGUUAAAUACAAACAUUUCAAUAUAAAUAAUACGCGUUGUACUUCGGGAUUCCGUCCUUUUUAUACGUAACUAUUUCUAUACGUAUUGGAGGUAGACAUACACUGGUUCUUUAAUGACAAUGCGCUCGAUUGAGAUUUGAGAAUAACCGCAAUUGCUUCUUUAUUUAUCCAAAGUCGUCAGCUUCACAUUUCAUUCACAUUCCACUCGCGUUCACGAUGGUGCUCAUACUUGCUCUCGCGGCUCUCGCGAUCUUCGGAACUCUCUACCUCCUCCGACUGUACCACACAGCGACAAAUCGAGAAUGCAGGUCCCUGAAAACUCUGAAAGGAAAAACGGCCAUCGUCACUGGAGGCACGACCGGCAUGGGACUUGAAAUAGCCACAGACUUCGCUCGAAGAGGUGCCAGGGUUAUCAUCGCUUGCCCGUUCCCGCAAGAAGGGAUCAACGCUCAGAGAAUAAUCGAAGAAAAAACCUACAAAAAAGUUGUCUUUAAAUUCCUUGACUUGGGCUCUUUAGAAUCAGUCCGAUCAUUCGCCGCCGAUAUCUUGAAGAAUGAAGAUAGAUUGGAUCUAUUAAUGAACAAUGCUGGCGUCGGAAUGCCCAAGAACUUUGAAACCAAGGACCGUUUGAAUUUUAUAAUGCAAGUCAAUUAUUACGGGCAUUUUUUACUGACGAUACUGCUACUCCCGCUUUUGAAGAAGAGUGGAACGGCCGCGGAACCCGCCAGGGUGGUCAACACGUCAUCUAGACUGCAUUAUUUUGGAAGGGUCGAUCUAAGCGAUUCUGACAUCAAUUGGCUGAACUUCUUUAGUUACUGCAACAGCAAAUUUAGCAUGAUCCUCUUCUCCAGAGAGCUGACUAGGAGAAUCAAAGGAUCUCAUGUUGUGGUUCAUUGCGUAGACCCUGGUACUGUCGGGACGGGUAUCUACAAUUGCUCUGGCAAAGUCCUAGGCGCCAUCUGUCGAUACUUACUAAUUUUCUGCAGCAAGACACCUAAAGUAGGCGCUCAGACGGCUUUGCACGUGGCUUUGGAUGAUGAAAUUGGCCAAAGAAGUGGGGAAUAUUUCGUGAAUUGCAGGCCCGCUCGAGCCAUACCCUGGGCCUACAAGGACAAGAAUGCCCGGGUACUGUGGGAAGAAUCUAUCACACUCGUCAAACUUACUGACGACGAGCUGGCACAAAGUUUUAAAUAAUAAAACUGCUUAAGAACAAUAGAGUAGGUACUGCAGUACACAUUGUGAUUUAUGAUAAUAUUUAUAUUUAAUCAAUCAAUACUUUUAUGUAAA